CAGACUGGGAGAAGGAGAGACAUAUAUAGAAGAGUACGCAGUUGGUGGCAGCGAUAAUGGCUGACGCUUGGCCAUUCCCACCAAUAAAAAGCUGACGAACACCCCUCAUACUCUCAGUCCCUCAACGACACUUGUCCAAUAAUGAAGUCGCUGCUGGUGGUGGGCGUAGCUGGCCUCUGCCUGCUGGUGAUGGCCGUUGGAGAGGCAAACGGCCAGCUGUGUAGCGACGAUAUAUCCGCCUCUUGCCCUGCAGAUGAUCCCACACCGCCGGUGUACCUGGCCGACCCGAACGACUGCGCCUACUACUGCGAGUGCUCCGGAGGUCUGGCCUGGAGCUUCGAGUGUGAUCCUGGCCUGCUUUUUGACGAUGUUUUAGACGUCUGUGACUGGGCAGACAACGUGAACUGCGGCAAUCGACCCAUCAUCAGCUAGUGAGGCGCCACGGAAGUAUGAGGAGAGUGACUUGCUGCUGGCUAAGGAGGUCCCCUCCAACGCCCCCAGGAGACAUACCGUAACGCCUCCAGGAGACUACUGCAGUACCUCCAGGAGACUACUGCAGUGCCUCCAGGAGACUACUGCAGUGCCUCCAGGAGACUACUGCAGUGCCUCCAGGAGACUACUGCAGUGCCUCCAGGAGACUACUGCAGUACCUCCAGGAGACUACUGCAGUGCCUCCAGGAGACUACUGCAGGGCCUCCAGGAGACUACUGCAGUGCCUCCAGGAGACUACUGCAGUACCUCCAGGAGACUACUGCAGUGCCUCCAGGAGACUACUGCAGUACCUCCAGGAGACUACUGCAGUACCUCCAGGAGACUACUGCAGGGCCUCCAGGAGACUACUGCAGGGCCUCCAGGAGACUACUGCAGUGCCUCCAGGAGACUACUGCAGUGCCUCCAGGAGACAGUUUUAUACGCUUGUACCUACCUCUGCUUCCUCAUAUAUUAAUGUACUAAAAUACAAUAAAUAUUAUCUCUUA